GUUGACGGGUGCGGAUCGAUAGCGCAGCGCUCAGCGCGACGCCCUAUGCGCGUGCGCAGUGAACGUGCGCACGGAGCGAUUGAUCGGGCAGGAUUCGCGCCUCCAUUUUUCUAGGAGAGAGCGGGAGACGGAGAGAGCGGGACCAGCGGCUGGCAGGAAAAUUAUCUUCCUCUUCUCCAAGAUGUACAGAACCAAAGUGGGCUUGAAGGACCGCCAGCAGCUGUACAAGCUGAUCAUUAGCCAGCUGCUCUAUGAUGGCUAUAUCAGCAUUGCCAAUGGCCUCAUCAAUGAGAUCAAGCCUCAGUCUGUGUGUGCACCCUCGGAGCAGCUCCUGCAUCUCAUCAAACUUGGAAUGGAGAAUGAUGACAGUGCAGUUCAGUAUGCAAUUGGUCGGUCAGACACGGUUGCCCCUGGCACGGGAAUUGACCUGGAGUUUGAUGCAGAUGUCCAGACUAUGUCCCCAGAAGCAUCAGAGUACGAAACCUGCUACGUCACAUCCCACAAAGGACCCUGUCGCGUAGCUACCUAUAGUAGAGAUGGGCAGCUAAUAGCUACUGGAUCUGCUGAUGCGUCCAUAAAAAUCCUAGACACAGAAAGAAUGCUGGCCAAAAGUGCCAUGCCGAUCGAGGUCAUGAUGAAUGAGACUGCACAGCAGAACAUGGAAAACCACCCAGUGAUUCGAACUCUUUACGACCACGUGGAUGAAGUCACGUGUCUCGCCUUCCACCCAACGGAACAGAUCCUCGCCUCUGGUUCAAGGGAUUAUACUCUUAAAUUAUUUGAUUAUUCCAAACCGUCUGCAAAAAGAGCUUUCAAAUACAUCCAGGAGGCUGAAAUGUUGCGCUCCAUCUCCUUUCAUCCUUCGGGAGACUUUAUACUUGUGGGGACUCAGCAUCCAACACUUCGACUUUAUGACAUCAACACAUUUCAGUGCUUUGUCUCUUGCAACCCUCAAGAUCAGCACACUGAUGCCAUAUGUUCAGUGAAUUACAAUCCUAGUGCCAAUAUGUACGUGACUGGUAGCAAGGAUGGCUGCAUCAAAUUAUGGGAUGGCGUCUCAAAUCGAUGCAUCACAACGUUCGAGAAAGCACAUGAUGGCGCGGAAGUUUGUUCUGCCAUCUUUUCGAAAAAUUCUAAAUACAUUCUGUCAAGUGGAAAAGACUCUGUAGCUAAACUUUGGGAAAUAUCAACAGGACGAACGCUGGUCAGAUACACAGGCGCCGGCUUGAGCGGGCGGCAGGUGCACCGGACGCAGGCUGUCUUCAACCACACGGAGGACUACGUGCUGCUGCCCGACGAGAGGACCAUCAGCCUGUGCUGCUGGGACUCGCGGACGGCCGAGCGCCGGAACCUGCUCUCCCUGGGCCACAACAACAUCGUGCGCUGCAUUGUGCACUCGCCCACCAACCCCGGCUUCAUGACCUGCAGCGAUGACUUCCGGGCACGAUUUUGGUACCGGAGGUCAACCACAGACUAGAGCUGCCUGUGCUCAACAGAGUUCUUUUCUCAAGGACUCUGCCCUCUUCUCCACCAACCCCCUCCUUGUCUGUCACCAGCCUCAGUAGUAAGUCAUCGCUCCAUCUCCGGCGGUUGUGCUGCCACCUCUACAUCCUUCUGGGAUUUGUAUGAAAGAAUCUUUUUUUACCUUGAUGGAGAAUCAUGGUGGAAAAAGUUGGAAACACAGAUCUGUGCAGUUGUUCUGCACUCACUGAUUAUUACAGUGUGAUUUUCAUCAGUUUUGUAAAUACAGGACUGGCUAUUUCUCUAGACUCUUGAUCACUUGAAGGAUAGGGUAUUAAAGUGCUUUCUGGAUCCCACGUGGAUCUGUCAUGAGGAAUGUGCAUCCGGAUAUUUUUGUCAGCUUCUGUGCCUGUUCUGCAUCCUCCUUUGUAUAUUUCCAAAAUACAUUUUGGCAGAUAUAUAGGCAUACAGCUCUGAGAAUCAAGGGUUUUAUGCCAUAUUAAGUUCAUUUUAGAAAAUCUAUCAAUUCUAUCCUAAAAUGACGUCAUUCUGAUAAUAAAGCUCAGAUCUGCAACUUUACUGUCAACACACGUUUCACUUCAGUGAAAUGAGCGGCCGGCUUUUUUCUGAAGACUCGUAGGAGGUGUGUGUCCCAGCACACUUCCCUCAUAGUCCUUGCACAACCUAAAACACUUAUCUUCAGUAAGAUAACCUUGUUACCUUUUGAUGGGAAACACUGACAGUAUAGUCUAUCUAAUCAAAAUUAGGUGAACCGCCUCCUGCUGUCAGGUGUUGCUCAUCGUCAGGAAUGAUCUCUAUCAAUUGACUUUCUCCUCACGUGAUUUCAGAUCUUAGCUUUCAGUUCCCUGCAGCAUGUACCAUGACUACUCAUCUUGGAUGUGCCCAGCAGCGGUGUUCUCAGAAUUUUUUUCCUUUUUUUUUUUUUUUUUUUUUUUUUUGCAAUUAACCAAAUAAUACAGGUUUUCUUAUUCUUAGAAUUUUUUAUAUAGUGACAAUACUUCUCUGGAUUCAAUUCUAGCCUCAUCAGAGAGCGCUGAGCUCCUCUUACCAGAUAGAUGUUCUGGUUUAUCAUUAUCCCCCAAUACAGAUACCUCAUGGUCUGAGUAGGAGCACCUAGAAAUACAAUCCGGGAUCAUUUGAUAAAGAUACUAAAUAGACUAAUUGUUUUAUGUUAUAGAAAUUAAUUUAUAGUCUUCUGAAGUUUACUGCUUAAAACUUCUGCUUUAGACGUUAUCCUUAAGGAUCAUUUUAACUCUUUGAUCUAUAAAACUAUUUUCAUGCUAAGUCACAGGAAAUAGUUCAGGUUUCCAAAGAGCUAUAUUUUUGGGUCCUUAGUGAGUUUAAAUUUGUUUCUUGAUUCUCCAAUAUUUGAGCUUGGCCAUCUGUGGGUGCCGUUUUUAUAAGACUGAAAGAAACCUGCUGAGUAGAAUAAAGGAUAACCAGUUCUACCCAAGAAAUUACCAACCAAAACUACCCACGUUUUGCAACUUUCAGCCUUUGAAGCGGUAAAGUCGAGGUCUAAGUUUUCUGCUUCUCUCUGAGAUGCACUAGGGUGAGCACACUGCACUCUUGAUACUGGUCCCACUGGACCUUUCUAACUGCUCAUGAACUGAAAUGAUAAUGCCUACUUUUUUUCAGCUUUUGGAAUAGUCUCAGCAGUGUGUCUGUAGUUUCAGGACUUCUGUUUACAAGAUCAAGAUGCUUCCACGUGUGUUUCCAAAAUAACUUCUUUUUAAAAUUUUUCUUCUUUUAAAACUCACAUUCAUGUUUCGAACUAGUGUAAAGGGACUUGGUUUCCUCACAUCCUUAAUUAUACCACAGAACAAACACCCUGACAUGCAGAGGGUGAGUAACAUUCAGUCAAGAUCAGAACUUAAAACUUCAAUGUUAUUUUUUUUAAAAAUAUGUGAUUUCUAAAAUAAACUUUUUAUAUAUAAUGAUCA